AUGGUUAAGCAUAACAAUGUCGUGCCCAGUGGGCACUUCAGGAAGCACUGGCAGAACUAUGUGAAGACCUGGUUCAACCAACCUGCACGCAAAACCAGGAGAAGAAUCGCUAGACAAAAGAAGGCUGUGAAGAUUUUCCCUCGACCGACAACUGGUCCACUUCGUCCUAUUGUCCAUGGGCAGACAUUGAAGUAUAAUAUGAAAGUCAGGGCUGGUAGGGGAUUUUCUCUUGAGGAGCUUAAGGCAGCGGGGAUUCCAAAGAAACUUGCCCCUACUAUUGGCAUUGCAGUUGAUCAUCGUCGCAGAAACCGCUCCCUAGAGGGUCUCCAGACUAAUGUCCAGAGGUUGAAGACUUUCAAGGCCAAAUUAGUUGUCUUCCCAAGACGUGCUCGAAAGUUCAAGGCUGGUGAUUCUGCUCCCGAAGAAUUGGCAACGGCCACACAAGUCCAAGGUCCUUACAUGCCCAUUGCACGCGAGAAGCCAAGUGUUGAGCUUGUUAAGGUCACAGAUGAGAUGAAGUCAUUUAAGGCCUAUGACAAGCUGCGCGUGGAGCGGGUGAACAAGCGCCAUGUUGGUGUCAGGAUGAAGAAGGCUGCAGAAGCUGAGAAGGAAGAGAAGAAAUAG